GAUGUAGGGGCAUUUCUGAAUCAGUGCAUCAGCUUAGUGUGGAGAUGUAAGCAGUUUUUUUUUGUUAUGUAUAACUAAUAACAGAAGUACUUUAUGUACUUUGUAAAAUUCUUAAUGUAUAAUUUUCAUUAUGGGAACAAUCCUGGCCUUCUGUCCUUGGUUAUUUGCCUGAAGACCCAGUAAUUUACAAUGAAGAAUGGUGCAUCUUUGCAGCUAAUCUGACUGACAGAAAGGCCAAGCUUGUGAACCCAGAUGAGAUGAUGAUGAUUAAGCCGGAAAAAGUAGAAGAGGGGAAGAAGCAGCCAUGGUCAGAACAAAGGGCACAAGUGGAAUAUCUAAAGAUACGAAUAACAUAUGAAGAUGUUGCUGUUUUUUUUACUGAAGAAGAAUGGAGCACUUUAAAUAAUGCCGAAAAGGAGCUCUACAGGAGUGUGAUGAAAGAAAAUUAUGACAUGGUGACCUCACUGGGAGUGCAUGUCCCAGUUCACUACACAAAAUUAUUUGUGAAUGACGAUGUAUAUCCUGUCAGAGAUCCAUGGUGUAAAAAUAUGUAUGAAGACAGAAAGGCUGCUGAGUGGAAUACUACUACAAGUGCCCCAGAGUCAGAGCACAAAUGUAGCCAAACUUCUCCGUCAACUAGAAACAAUCUCCAAAAAACUCGAGCUACAAAGAUGCUUCUUAGCCCUGAUGCCAAAGGCCUUCUCCACGAGCAUAUUUCCAUUGAGGAUGAGACAGUGUUUACAUGCAGGGAGUGCAGUAAAAGUUUCUGGAAUAAAUACACUUUUACUAGACACCAGCGUUAUCACAAAAAAGGGAAACCAUUUCAGUGUACUGAAUGUCAGAAAAGAUUCAGCAUGAAAGGGUCCCUAGUUGUUCAUCAGCGCAUGCACACAGGAGAAAAACCAUUUGAAUGUAGUGAGUGCAAGAAAUGUUUCAGGGAUAAAGGAGCCUUAGGUACACACCGGCGUGUCCACACUGGAGUUCGAGCAUAUCAGUGUAUGGAGUGCAUGCGAUAUUUUAAGAGUAAGGGUGGACUUCUUGCUCACAACCAUGUGCACACAGGAGAGAGGCCAUAUGAAUGCAGUGUUUGCAAGAAAAGCUUCAGUUACAAAAGUUCUCUUGUUACCCAUGAGCGUAUUCACACUGGGGAGAAGCCGUAUCAGUGCAGUGACUGUAAGAAAAGUUUUAGGAGCAGAAGGAUUCUUAUUAAUCACCUGCGUUUACACACCGGAGAAAAACCAUAUAAGUGCAGUGAGUGCAAUAAAUGUUUCACAAGGAAAGAGAACCUUGACACUCAUUUGCAUAUACAUACAGGAGAAAAACCGUAUGAAUGCGGUGUCUGCAAAAAACGUUUCACUUACAGAAGACGCCUUGUUAGCCACCAGCGUAUUCAUACCGGAGAGAGACCAUAUUCCUGUAUCGAAUGUAAGAGACGUUUUAAGAGUAGGGCUGGCCUUAAUGCUCACCAGCAUGUACAUACAGGAUGGAAACCUUACCAAUGUAGUGCAUGCAACAAAUGCUUCAACUAUAAAAGGUACCUUGUCAAGCACCACUGUAUUCACACAGACAUUAAAAUUAUAACUGUGCAGUGAAUUCAAGAAAUGGUUUAAGUGGAGCAUGCAAUGCUGAUGUAUUUCAUCAUCAUUCACACACACAAAAAAAGCCCCUGUGAACAUGUUUUUUUGUUUUGCUAAUAAAAACGUUGUCUUUCUACUGUA